UGAGUGGGGCCGGGCCGGGAGCGGGGCCGGGCCAGGGCGGGCAGCGAUGGCGGCCGAGCUGCGGGAGGCGCUGGAGCGGCGGCUGCGGGACCUGGGCAUCGCCACCGUCACCGCCGAACACCCGCAGGUGUUCACUGUUGAGGAAAUGAUGCCGCACGUCCAACACAUGAAAGGAGGUCACAGUAAAAACCUGUUUCUUAAAGACAAAAAGAAGAAAGGGUUCUGGCUGGUGACCGUCCUGCACAACAGGCAGGUCAAUCUGAACGAACUUGGUAAAAAACUGGGCGUUGGAAGUGGAAACCUAAGAUUUGCUGACGAGAACGCCAUGCUGGAGAAGCUCAGAGUGGGUCAGGGCUGUGCCACGCCGCUCGCCCUCUUCUGUGACCAGGGAGAUGUGAGGCUGGUGCUGGACGCUGCCUUGCUCGAGGGAGGCCAUGAAAAGGUGUAUUUUCAUCCAAUGACAAAUUCUGCAACCAUGGGCUUAAGCCCUGACGACUUCCUGAAGUUUGUGAGAUCAACAGGCCACGAUCCCGUCAUCGUACACUUCGAUGAAGACAUUAAGUGAAGGAAGUUCAUUUUUCUACUGCUACUCGUAGAUUUUUGUAGAGCAAAACUGGUGAAAAAUCUCAUUACAAAUAAAACUUGGAAAAAAAAUGGCUUACUCCUUUUUCAUUUGUAUCAGUUAUGUAAGUUUGUAUCGUAUAAUCUGGUGAGAAAAAAUACUACCUUUCAGUUAUUAGAAGGUUAACAAUGUUCUUAAAAAGACAUUUUGCAAUCUACCACUUAGUAGCUAGUAAGUAGAAAAGGCAUUAUUUAAAUACUAUUAUAGUCUUUAUCAGUAAAUGGAUAAAACUAGAAUUUCCCAGGCAUGGGACUGGCCUUGAAGGUUUAAACUUGCCAUCACUAGGAAAGAACAAAUUCCACGUUGUAGGACACCUGUCAGUACCCCCAGGACAGAAUGACUGUCCCUGCACCCACUUAUG